AUGGCUGGAAUGAUCAUAGAUCUGACAACGCCUGUAUCUUGGCAGGAGCAGCAGUUUGAGCCGCUUCCAUUCCACAGACUGCAACGAGCAUCCUCCUCGGAAUAUCAUUUGCGAGUCCGGAAAUCACUCGAUCACAACAUGGCUAACACUAACGAGCCUCAGAAGCGCAGGAAAACCGCAAACUACUCAUCCUCGCAACCUUCCAAGCGACUCCGUCGCGAGGGAACGUCCUCCCCACGUCCUCAAGCCUUCACGGGGAAGUACAUCUUCAAACUCUUGGUUGGACCGAUCCACGAGUUUGACAUGACCAUGGCGGAAGAUGAACCAUGUUUCUCUGCGCUAGAAUUUCCCUGGGCGUGA